CAUGCGAGCUUCAGUUUUCAGCAGGGUCUCGUCGAGGAAAAAACCGAUCGUCGCUCCGUUCGACCUUGCCAAAACGUUUUCGAUCAUCGUCCGCAACGCAAUCGACGCUCUUCUAUAUAUACAUUUUCUUUUUUAUUUUUAAUUUCGCUCGACGCGACCGUAAUUGUGCUUCAGCAUGUGAGUCAUUGGAAACAACAGAGGACAGAAGCGAUCACCCGUGGAGUCGUCGCCGAUCCACGUGUGAAGCGAGUGCGCUCUUUCGUGUCUUUUGGUGUUUUGUAUACGAAAAUCGUGUUUAUUAUUGGUUCGGUACUGUGAGGAGUUGAUGGACGUUCGUGGGGUGAUUUUUUAACUGAAUACUUAUCAAGGAAAUGUCAUUGGUGCGAGGAAGGAAGUGAUUGUUUUUAAACAAGAAAAACCAACAUUAAUUCCUUCCAUUAAAAGCUCUCUUUAUCACUGGUACAAAAACCCUGGGAAGACUCUAACGAACUUCAUGCUCGAGGGCUCGCGAAUGGCUUUACUCUUUCUAAGUAAAUUGAUUAAUUGAACCACGGGACGAAUUCGGGAAAAAUUGGAAUGCGAGGGAUUAUUUUCGUUCGCGAGUUUUCGAGAGUAUCCAGUCACAGAUUGUUGAGUAUCCGGUGGUGAUUCAGAGGACAUCGAGCCAUUCGAACGAGGCUUCCAAAUGCGCGCACGAGGAAGUUGAAGAAAGAAGAGUUCCUGCGAGGUUAGAACGGUGUUUCCUGCGAGAAUAUACGACGUGCUGUAUGGAAACGUCAGCCCUUCCAGGACACGAUGAAGCCGUUCAGAAAAAUUCCACCGAGCUUCUUGAUCGGGGUUUCAUGAACAGCUGCCCGCCAAGCAGUUUCCCCGACAAGUUUCAAGACUUCUUCGCUGCCUUGAACGAGGAUUCCGACGACCUUCCCAGCAUGCUCGAGGACAAGCUAAUACCGAGACAGCAGGAUACACCCGACUUCGACUCGAAGGGCAGACGAUGGAGCAAGAAGGCCUUUCAGAGGAGGAGCAGCGAGGUCGAAGUUCGUCUGCAUCGCACCUCCUUGACAGGAUCUCAAGGUCACACCACGGUGGACGGCUCGAAAUCACCGACCCCUUCCAGACGACGUAGUUGUAGCAUAGCUGUGGCCAGACCUACUCCAGACUUGCACAGGUUUCUGCAAGCGGAGGCAGGCCCAUGGGGGCACUUGUCACCCUCGCCCAGAAGCCCCACGAGGACUCCAGCCAUAAGUCCUGGAGCAGCCUCGACCUCGUCACACUUGAGUCCAGGAACAAGCUCCGGUGGUCCUAGUCCGACCAGUCCAGCUGGUCCCGCAGGUUCGACGUCUGGAUCACGUGCUCCUGGACCAAGGCAAUAUCGCGGAAGGACCAGUAGCAUGCCAGCAGUUCCACGACACAGACCGAUGCUCGUUGAAACGAAACGCGGCGGUGCCGGUGGCGCCGAGGAGGGCGAAACCGAGGAUGGCGUGGAAUAUUACAGGCUGAGGUCGUUUUCCAUAACAGCGAACGGGGUCUACAACCUUGGCGAUUCAUUGAAGAGCCGACGGAGCAGGAGCAUCAACAGCGUCACGUCCUCGGGCACCAGCUGCAGCAGCACCAAGGACGCCAGAUUACGGAGCUCGGCGUCGCAGCUCUCUGGAAUGGAGGCCGAAGAGGACACGAGCAACGAACGAGUGGCCACUUACAAAGUCGGCAUGCUGGGUGCAUCUGGCGUGGGGAAAACCGCCCUCACCGCCCAGUUCACCACCAGCGAUUACAUCUGCGCUUACGACACUUCUCUGGACGAGGAGUAUGGUCAAAAGAACGUGUCAGUGAUGCUGGACGGUCAAGAAACAGAACUGGAAAUUAUCGAUCAUCCAGCGGCAGAAAUGUCGGUUGAGACAUUCUGUUCGACCUACAAUCCAGACGUUUACGUUGUGGUCUACUCUGUGGUGGACAGUCGAAGUCUGAAGGUGGCCCAGGAGACCUUGCUAUAUCUGUGGAACAGCGAUUACAUGGCCAGUCACGGUGUGAUACUCGUUGGGAACAAAGUCGAUCUUGAACGGAAGCGCGAGGUCCCAUCAGUUGUUGGCCGACGUUUGGCGAACAACUGCGGGUGCAAAUUCAUCGAGACUUCCUCCGGGAUAGCCCAUCACGUGGACGAGCUCCUAGUUGGUAUACUGGCGCAAAUCAAAUUGAACCCACAGCGUGACCGGGACCAAGCGACCAGGCGAAGAAGGAGCAAGCACCGCAGGAGGAUCCUCAAGCAUCUGCUCGGCUUCAAGAGGAAAACCAAGAGCUGCGAGAAUCUCUUCGUUCUCUAACGUUUCUCUAUCGGCGGAGGAAGGGAUGAGAAAAGGGACGAAGAGAGGAUUUGUAUCUUUUACGGACCGUUUGUUUUUUUUGUGUGCGUAAGCUAUGUAUAAUAACAGAUCCGAGACGUGUAUCGCAGAGGUAUCCUCGAGAAUUGGCUUCGAGAAGAAAACGAAGAACUGAGAGAGUCUUUCUUUCGGGGAAAAGGAAGUCAUUGAAGAGAGGAUUCUGUCUUUUAUCGACCGUUUGAUUCUUGCGUGCGUAAGCUAUGUAUAAUAACAGAUUCGAACGAAGAUGCUCGAUAGAUUCCAUACAUACAGCACGCUACGAAAUCUUACACCGAUUAAAUUCCAGAUCGCUUGUGAUUUUCGAGUUUCACGAUUUGAUUUUAGAUACCUCGUAUGGAUCCCUGUGCAACAGUAUUCCAAACAGUAUCGUAACAGUAUUGAGUGUGUGUGCACCGCGAGGAAUGUUUUAAAGAUACGUUUAAGGAUUAGAGAAUAAGUAAACGAACAAAGUUCGUGUCGUGCCAUAUCCAGAAGUCUGCUUUGUCCUUAACGCGAGUUGCUUUAUUCAGACAUUUUCCAGCUAUAAGAAACGCAGCGAGUUAUGUAAGUUUCUAUUCAAAAUUUCCCCGUAGAAUGUUACCUCGCAUACCUCGAGGGACAAAGUAACUCCAGCCCACGGCAUCAAGAGCAUUGCUGGUUGAUUAACGAACGAGAUUUUUCAUUGUUUAUUGUAAUGUGUUUUUUUUCAAACUUGGGGAGCGUUUUCCAGCAAGUAACUUAAGAAGAUAAACAUCCAACGAAAAUUAAAUGCAGCGUUUGGUACCGCAGUAGUCGGUAGGGACUAGUUUUAUAGUAAAUAAGAUAUUUGUCGAUCUCUUUGUUCUUAAUGUAGCUUAUCGCGAUUGGAGUGAAAGAAAUAUAUGAUAUAUUAUAUGAAUUUAUUUAAAACCAUGCUACUUUUCAUCGAUCGAUAGUUAUCUAUUAUUUCUAAUCAGCUCGUCUAUAUCAACAAUUUGAGAUAAACGGAAUAGAAAAGCACGUUUCCACUUGACAAUUUAAAAUUUUAAUAUUCAAGUAUUAUUACUGUAUGAAACUUAAAAAAUUUGUUGUCAACUAGGCUUGACUCCAAGCAAUUAGAGUAUUUUCGAUUGAGUGAUUCUAUUGAGAAAUAUGUGUCAUUAUUUUAAGCUUCGAUUCGAGGGACCGUAUCAAAUCUGAAUAAAAUUCUUGUGUAAAAUAUG